UUAACCCAUGAUGAGAGCACCAUGAUGAGUUUAACCCAUGAUGAGAGCUCCAUGUUGUAAUGAGAGUUCAGGGAAAACACACACCCUGGGAUGAUACUGAACUGCUUCUGAGGUCUUCAGUGAUCUUACUGCUGUUUUGAUAUCUGCUCUGGUAUUCCUGUUACUCCUGCGAGAAGUUAGAGAUUGUGUAUCGCUCUGACGUCACUGACGGACUUUCUUUCAGAUGCUGUAUUCGGCUUAAGCUACGCUACGUUGUGCAACACAUGCAGCGAUUUUAUCACUGCGAGUCUCCAGUCGCUGCGCUAUGAAGUCGCCAGUCGGCGUUCCUACUACUGGUUGCCAUAGUAACGUUUAUCAGUGAGUGGCGUAGCUAGCGUUCCACUUUGGACCAGUUUUCUUGCCACUAAAAUUAAACAAAUUCUGGAGGGAGAGCGUUUGUAUCUAAGAUUCACCAGUGUGUAUAUGCAUCGUAUCUUACAUGAUGAAGGAGAAGCAGUGUGUGCUCUUUGCCAUUGAGGGGACUUUCAUUCGUGGUGUUUCGUUCGUGAAUGAAUCGUUCUCGUUCACUUCCAUGUACGGACUCAUAUUUUUUGUUCACUUAAGUCCCGCCCGGGUAAAACAUGACUGCUGUGGCAGAUUUUUCCUGCUUUUUAAAGACUAUGAAGGAGCACGUCACUGAUUUUACCUAUUGAACGAGUACGCCUCUUACUUUGAGUCUGAACGAGAGUGGUAGACCUACUGAAUCAGAGUGAACUGGUGCUCACAGUUAAUUGUCGUUCGUGAACGAAAUGAACAAACGAGGAUCUGCUGACUCACUGAUCUCGGAUCGGCUCAUGAUAUGUGCAUGUCGUUGGUUCAGUUCGCCACCCUUUCAACAAGAAGAGAAAGAGGGUGGAACAGUGCAUUUGAAAAGACAAAGCCUUAUGUGUUGCUGUUCUGUUGUUUGCACCAUAAUCCGCUAUACAUGAAUGUGUAAAAAUGACUGAUGGCUAAUUUUUUUCAUACACCUGAUGACCUCAUACGCACUGACCGUGCAGCAUGUCUCCUGGAGAGCAGGCAGAAGAAAGACGAACGUCUCCUAGCGGAGGCCAUCGUGAACUUCCGCCAGCAGUUCCAGCAGCCCAGCAGCAGGCGCGAGUUCGACCUGAAUGACCCUGAAGUGCUGAAGAAGCAGGAAGGGGUGCGCGUUUUGCCCGGGUUGGCAGGCGAGGAUCUGGGCAGUGAAGACAGGACACGGAGACAGCGGGAGCAGCUGAGGGACUGGACCUUACAGCAGCAGCAGGAGCUGGACCAGGCGAAGGAGCUGCAAAGACUGCAAGCUCAGCAGUAUGAUCAAAGUAGACUAACCCUGGAUAACCGAACCCUCAAGCUGCAGAAGAUGGAGGAAGAGCAAAAGAGGGCCACCAACAUCGCCAUCAAGGACUUUAAUCGAGCUCUGGCGGUCGAAUUGCGAGAGCAGAGAGAAAGAGAGCGUCGUCAGGUAGAGGAGAACAACCGAACCGAUAUCCUGAACCAUCUGCAGGGGGAGCUGCUGAGCGAGAACGUGCAGCGGAGUGCCAGAGUGCGCAGGGACUGCUACAAGGGCAUGACGCCCGAGCAGAUCCGAGAGUUCACCAACUGUCAGCGGCAGCAAGCUGAGGAGAAGAGACGUGCUCGCAUGGAGCAGAAGGAGGAGCAGCUGCAGGAGGACCGCCUGCACAUGGCUUCGGCUCGGGCUGCACUGCUGCAGGAGAGACAGCAGGCGAGAAUUAACAAGGAGCUGCGCAGGGCUGUGGAUGAGACUAACAUGCAGCUGGCCCAGGCUCAGCAUGCACAGAGGAAGAAGGAGGUUUACACCAACAUCCCUGAUGAGAGCUACUUCUCCCAGUUCAAUAAGAGCAGCAGAUAGAAAUUUCAUUAAACAUCAUUAAGACACCUUUCAAAAAAUAAAGAUCCCAUUUAACACAAAAUGUGAAUUGUCUUUAUCUGUAUUGGUGAUGUAUAAUUUGUAAGUAAGUUGGUACUUUUAGGAGAACACUGGCUGACGUUUGGUUUAUUGUUGAAACAAAGCAAAUUAGAUCAUAAGAUGGUCUCGGUGAAAAUUCAUCAGUGUUCUUAAUGGCAUUAAUGACAUGCAGGACCACUGUGAUCAAAAUGCAUCCAGUGAAACAUUUUUAUCAACAUCUGAAUUGUUACAGUAUAAUGAUUUCUCACCAGAUCUAACAGGAAUGGGGAAACAUCUGAGAAGGUGGGACUGAAUAAAUGCUUAUGAUGAUAAAUGUUUACGGUGGUUGAGUGCAGGUCAAGUUUGAGUCCAAAUGAAAGUGAGACCGAGUCUAAAUUGAGACCGAAACCCAUUCAUGCACUGAGCGAUGAUUAGGCUGUUUCCUAGAAGAAGGAAUCUUUGACUUCUUGUCAAACUUUGUGCUUCCAUGAACGAAAAUUCAGUACUAACAUUAUUUUUACAAACUCUGGCUGAAGAUCUAGAUCAUAUUUAGCAAGAAUACUGCACAAGACUGUGUCUAAGUCAAUACAGAAAAAGUCUUGAAACCGGAUUCGAGUCCUACAGCUAUAGUAAGAGACUUAAAGAUGUGAACAGGUAUCAGGUAAAGAAUGUAUCUUCUUUAUUGUCUUCUUAGUGCUGGAAGGUUUACUGCAUUGUGAAAAAAAAACAAUGCAAAAUAUAAGAUUUUUGUGUUCUCUAGGCAAAGACAAACAGUCAUCCAUCCAUUCUCUACCGCUUAUCCUACACAGGGCCACAGGGAGCGUGGAGCCUUUCCCAGGGAGCUUGGGACAAUUUCACACACAACGGACAAUUUGGAAAUGCCAAUCAGCCUACAAUGCACGUCUUUGGACGGGGGGAGGAAACUGGAGCGCCCAGAGGAAACCUCCUGAAGCACGGGGAGAACAUGCAAACUCUGUGCACACAGGGCAGAGGCGGGAUUCAUCCCCCAACCCUGGAGUGCAAGACAACAGUGCUGACCACUGAGCCAGUCAAGAAAUGUUUUCAUUCAUUAUUUAGUCAAGGUGUUUGUCCAUGAAGCUCUUAAUCUACAGAAUUUUUUUUUUCCAAAGAUGGGAGUGAAAACAUGGCAUAUAUUGUUUAAUGCUUGUAAUUUGAAAUUUGCUUUAGAUGGUUGGAUCAUUU